ACGCCGCGCCACACGUAACUUUACGUCACGGCGAUUUAUCGCCGCUUAUCUGUCGUCGAUACGACAGCGUGGAGAGCGCGCCGCGCGCGCGAUGACGUGGAUGAGCCGGGAACGGCCGAGUUCCGACGGAAGCCGCCGAUUGGCCGCGAGGGCGCGCCGCGUUUGAACGAAUCUCUUCUCUAGCAAUUUCUUUUCUUGGCGAAAGAGGCGCAAAGUAAAAUUCGCUCGGCGAAAGUUAACUUCGUCCUCUUUCGAUUUGUAAAAAGUCAUACAUCGUCCUCAGGGAAGGAUUGAAUCUCUGCGUGAUUACUGAAAUAAUCGGCGUACCUUGAAAUUCAGCUUUAUUCGGUUUUCCAGUGAUAAAAGAUUCACAUUAACACGUUUGAAACGUGAAAUACCUCUGUUAAUAAAUAUUUAAGUUUUUACUAGGUGAUCGUUAUCAAAAUUUCACUCGCACUCGAAAAACGCGAUAAGAAUUCUCUAUAAACAUCAUCCGGCCUAAUGACUAUCUCGAUAACCGUCGAUAUCAAGCGUUCAUACGCAGUAGGCCGUUGCCUUGGCAACGUGAAAACAAACUUGUCAUGGCGAGAACGAAUAGGAUGACCUGCCGUGACUCACUUCAAAAUCAAGGCACUCGUCCCUCGUUGCCCCGUGAAUAAUUGAAAUUUACAAGUGUUACACACGCACAAAAUCAAACAAAGAGUUCGUUAGCUAUAUUUGGCGACACUUGAACCUAAAAAAAGAAAGGGAGGGAAAAUGCUCUCGUCGAAAGCGAACGCGGCGCUGGCACGGCUGAGAGAGAUCGAGGAGAAAUACAAGACGAGACGCGAGGAACAGAAAUGGAAAGAGGACGCGGACAGCUCGAUAAGCAGCGUCUCGAUAGUCCCUUCGGAGAAUUCCUCCGCGAGAUCGAAGGAAUCGCCGAGGAAAGCCGCAAAGCUCAAGCUCGAUAUAAAAAUUCCGAGCGCUCGAUUCGAAGGACACGCGGAGGAAAUGAAACUCUCGUCGAGGAGUGAGAAAUCGACGGACAAAGCGAACGCGAAGCCUCCCAAAGGCGCCGCCGCCGAGAUUGACCUUGAUGUCGCGAUGCCGUUAGAUGAUAAAUCGUCGCGUUCCGCAGGAAAGCAAGAAAGUCUCAUUUCGGACACAAUGACGAUUCAGGAAAGCAGUUUGAUCGAAAGCGUGCUCGAUGACUCGAUGACUCCGUCAAAAUCAUUCUCGCGCUCGAAAACGUCGCGGCGAAACUCCUCCACGGCCAGCGAUAGAUCGUCCGGACGCGAGGAGACGAGGACGAAGGCGGCCGCGAGGUCCCUGGGAGGAGAAGAAUCCAGCGAAUCAUCCGAAAUCGCAAGGGGGAAAGCGCGGUCUGGCAACUCGUCGAUCGCGAAGCGACUGAGGUUGUCCAGAAAAUCGAACGAGAGGAUCUCCAGGGUGCAUCUCAACCGGAAGAAACGUGCGGCGACCGAGGAUGAAGCGAUCGCGAAAACGUCGAAAGAGACGGUUGGAAAUCGAGAUGAUGCCAACGAUGUGGUGGUGUCUUCGCACGGGGACAACAUUGUCGAAGAGUCGAUCGGUACGACUGUGGAGAACGGCAGUGAAAUUAUUUCGGAACUUUCCCGCUCCGUGGAAAGCUCCGCAGCUAAAAUUAAAGACAUCGUCGACAUUCCCAAGGGCUCUAAACAUCCAACGGAUGAAAACGCUUCUGCAACGGCUUCAAACAGCUCGAAAGGUCUAAUGGCUGAAAAUGACGGAUAUGCAAACGACACCUUCGAGGACAUUUCGACGUCGACCAUUCUAUCGGAGCGAGAGGAAAUGAUUAAUGGGAAGAAAAAAGUGGUCGAUGGAGCGAGGUCUAAAGCGAAAGAAAUCAAUAUUGCAGAAUAUGAGUCUUAUCAGGAUAGUGCUAAAGAGCACAGCUACAGAGAUAAGCCAAUCAUCGCGCUCAAUCUAACGACGAAAGUGCCGAAACCAAGAGCAACCAAGGUCGAUUCGGGACAAUCGCGCUACGUCGGCGACCUCGAAAGCAUCGUCGCGAAUCCAGAUAACGUGACUGUACACGCGAUAAAAUUGCCACAAUCCGCUGGUUCGAGUUCGAGGAACCAAAGAGGACAUUAUCAGCGUCAAAAGGCAUCGUUUAGAAACGAAAACGUUUCAAGCGCUGUAAGUUCCAAUACGAACACAUUGGAUUCUUCGGAGUCGUCGACCGGCGACGUGACGAAGACGAAUGAGAGGAAAAACUCUCUGGCGAUUACUACUGUUCGGCAAGAAAGCGGCCGGAAAGAGCGUGGAGAAGCAUCGAACGGAGCGAGAGAACGUGCGGUGAUAGAUGUCACCAGAUUGCCAGUGGCGAACGAGGACUCGAUCGAGUCGGCAAAAUCUAAUUUGUCGUUAGAGGAAAACGAGGAGAGAAGGCAAGAGGUUUCCGGAGAGAGCUUGGAUCAACAAAUUUCACAGGAUGUCGAUUAUGUGCUGAAAAAAUUGCACAAAGGCGCGCUAGCUGAGAGACGAAACGCAAACUCGAAAAUCGCGACAGAAACGUCGGAAAGCCUCCACCACAGUAAAACCGUGUUUCAAGUCCGGAAUGCAUCGAAGACGAGGAAAGUGAGCACGGAAAGGAAAAACGAAAAUUGCCGUUGUUCAAAAGAAAAAGAUAACGUGUCUUAUCAUAAUUUUCGUGAAUAUAAUACCAAGAGGAAGAUGAAAGAAAUGAGAAUGAAUUCAAAGUCAGCCGGAAAUCGCAAUAGCACGGAAAGUCGUAAGGAAGACAAAGGUUUGAGCUACGAUGGGAAACAAACGCGCGGACUUCGGAAGCGGAUUGUCGAACUGCGACUGCGGCAAGAGCGGGAAGACCUCCAAAAAUAUCUACACGAACUGAAGGACUUGAGACUAGAAUCAGGCUCUACUCGGAGCUAUUUCAAGCCUUUGGAAUUCCCGAAGAUCGCAGAAUUUACGUCUGACGUAAAUAAUUUGGAGUCGAAGCCGGACGAUCGGUAUCGUGAGAAAGUUUUGGCGAUUAGGCGUUGGUUGAAGGAUCAAUAUGUCUUGUAUCGCGACUACUGUACUAUGGCGCAAGCGAUCAAUGCCCACUACGUUCCCACAACUUUGGACGAUGCCAAAAAGACGAUACGCGAGCUGCGGAAAACGACAAUUAAAACCAGGUGACGUCGAUACGCCCACCUGAAAAGGCGUAAAUGCGACUCGUUGAAGCCGGCUGUGAUCUAGCGCCAGAUUUGAAUGCUUCGAAAUAGUAGACAGAGAGAGAGUGCAUUUACUUCCGUACCGUUAUUGGGCGAACUUCAGGCUGCUUGACGCUGCGCGUGUCGCCCGUGCGAAGGUGCGCGCGGCAAGAGGCAACUCUCCGUCAUGGCGGCGCGGCGGGGUGGUGCGGCGGCGGCGGCGGCGCGGCGCGGCGCGGCGCGCUUUCAUUGACGCGCCGUGUGCCGUCGCCGUGUCUCUCCCGUGCAGUUUCGUAGCAGCUUCGCGAGCGUCGAGACGCGAUCGACCGCCAUCCGCCUCUCCGACCUGUGGUCUCGGACUCACGAACGCUCACCCCUGUGUUUCGCGUGCUGCAGCCAGGCGCGGCCUUCCGUGUUCUCGUGGUGCGGCCGUAAUUUCUCUGCGUCGGCGGCGGCGGCGGAGCAGCAGGAGCGAGUGGACGCCAGGGAGCGCCGACUCUUCCGG